CUCAUCACCUUAAAAACUCCUUCAAUUUUCGGCAACACACUCUUUUAACUCUUUCCUUUGAUCUCAUUCUUCAUACCCCUUUCAGCCAUCAUGGGCGUUCUAUCUUAUGAAUCAGAAUUCACUUCCUCUAUCCCUCCAGCAAGGCUUUUCAAGGCCUUUGUCCUUGAUGCAGACAACCUCUUUCCAAAGAUUGCUCCUAAUGCAGUUAAGUCUGUUGAAAUCAUUGAAGGAGAUGGAGGAGCUGGAACCAUCAAGAAGAUCACCUUCGGUGAAGGCAGCCACUUCAACUAUUCAAAGCAAAAGAUUGAAACAGUCGACAAAGACAACUUCAUUUACGCCUAUACUUUGAUCGAAGGAGAUGCCUUGACAGAGAAACUUGAGAAAAUCUCUUAUGAGAACAAGUUUAUAGCAGCUGAUGGAGGAUCCAUCAUCAAGAGUGUUAGCAAAUACCACACCAAGAGCAACGACCAUGAUAUCACAGAAGACAAAAUCAAGGCAGGGAAAGAAAAGGCAGCUCAUCUCUUCAAGGUUGUCGAGAAGUACCUCCAGGAGAAUCCUGAUGCCUACAACUGAAACCAGUUUUACCAAUGUUUUCUCCAUAUAUUGUUCAUUAAAGUGUGGUUUGUUGCUGUUAUGCCCAUCAAUUUCUGGCUUGGGCUUUUUCUUUUUCCCUUAGGAUUUUGAAGUGUGGAAAUUUGUUUUUCUUGUGUUAAAAGAAAAUAAAAAACAUCUUAAAUAGUGAUCAUCAAGGAUAUUACUUGCAUAUAAUGAAUUUUCUACUUCCAAUACCAAAAUGAAAAA